ACCAGUGUCCACAGUUGCUGCAGAAAUGAUUUGCAUUAUAGUUCCAAAUGCGAAACAUUUUGAGCUCCAGCGCUUAUUGCAGAGGAGUGAUUGUAUGUGGGGAAGGGGGUUCUUUAAUGCAAAACACAUGUGUUUUCAAUUGAUAUCUGGAGCCAGACCAGUAGCUGUAACUUGGCCUGACAAAGCCGUAUUGAAGUAAAAGACAGAGUGUGGUUUCAAAGCAGUUAGGAAAAGAACGGGAAUGCUGUUCAGGAAAUUCUUCAGGCAUGGGCAGGGACUUGGCCACAGUUCUGCUGUUGGAAAAUCUGACAGGGACAGCUUCUAAACGCAGGGUAGGCCUCGUGCAGCUCUGAAGGCAACACUGCAUCUAUCCCCCCACACCCCUGCUAGAGUCCCUGGAACUAGCAGUUUCGCCUGACUUCUGAAAGAGAGAGAUGCCUCAGGAACAGUACGCACACAGAAGCACCAUGCAGAGCUCAGAAGGACCCCAUGUAUACAAAGUGGGGAUUUAUGGCUGGCGCAAGAGGUGCCUCUAUUUCUUUGUGCUACUCCUAAUGAUUUUAAUUCUGGUGAACCUUGCUAUGACCAUCUGGAUUCUCAAGGUUAUGAACUUCACAAUUGAUGGAAUGGGAAAUCUAAGGAUUACAGAAAAAGGUUUAAAGCUAGAAGGAGAUUCAGAAUUCUUGAAACCUCUCUACGCCAAAGAAAUCCGGUCCAAGACAGGAAACCCUCUGUACUUCCAAUCUGCUCGGAAUGUUACAGUGAACAUUCUCAAUGAGGAGAGUAAAGUUCUUACACGUCUUGUAACAGGGCCCAAAGCAGUGGAAGCAUACAGCCAAAAAUUUCAAGUGCUAACCACCUCGGGGAAAUUGUUGUUUUCUGCAGAUGACAAUGAAGUGGUGGUUGGAGCAGAGAGACUUAAAGUUUUAGGAGCAGAAGGCGUAGUGUUCCCUAAAUCCAUAGAAACUCCCAAUGUCAGGGCAGACCCCUUCAAGGAACUAAGACUUGAGUCACCAACACGCUUUCUAGUGAUGGAGGCUCCCAAGGGAGUUGAAAUCAAUGCAGAAGCUGGCAACUUGGAAGCUACAUGUAGGACAGAGCUCAAGCUGGAAUCCAAAGAUGGAGAGAUAACGUUGGAGGCUGCAAAUAUCAAACUACCUAGAUUGCCUCUGGGAUCCUUCUCCUCUACCGGAUCCAGGCAAAAAAUCUACGAGCUUUGUGUGUGUCCCAACGGGAGGUUAUUCCUGUCUCAAGCAGGAAGUAGUUCCACCUGCCAGAUAAAGACAAGUGUAUGCCUUUGAGAGAGACUGUUUGCGGCAGGCAUAGCUGGCAGCACAAAGGCCCUUUUUGGCCUCCCAGAUAGCAGCUGCCAACUAUUUUUACUAGAACACAGAAAGCCUAUCAAAGACUUUUGUGUGCGUGUGUGUGUGAAUAUAUAAAUAUAUAGAUAUAUAUAGAUAUAAAUAAAUAUAUAUAUAUAUAUAUCCUUUGUGUAAAAUGAAGUUUCAGUACAAGAAAUUCCAGGGUGACCCUCUUUGUGUAGCAUUUUUUGCUCCCACAUCAAAAAUUGAAAAUGUGCAAAUUGGAUCCAGAUCGUUCCAGGAGUAUUCAAAUUGUGUCAUAGCAAGCCUCUAUCAGUCUAGAAAAUGCUUUCAAGCCUUUCCAAAUUUAGUUGUACCUUACACAUGACAUUUUACCUGCAUGGAAAUGGGGAAAAAAUAUGUCAUUUAACAAGACUGUGCCCAUGUUUGAUCUGCCACAUGUACAGAUACCUGGCUCUGCAAUUAUGGCAUUCCAUUGUGCUAUGAAAACUAGACUGGUAUGUGAUCUUCACACAUGAUGAUGUACACAAGGUUCCUAUGUCUUUUCUUUAUUUGUAGGUACAAUGUCAUGUGUGAAAUAACCCUAAGAUAAAGACACACACCCCACCCCAAAAAGGCAGCCCAGCUUGUACCAUUCCGUCUCAACCUAGGCCUGAAAGUAGAAACAUCAAAGGCAAAGAAACAAACAAAAAAUGUUCAUAAGAAUUAUUGAUCAGUUUAAUACCCAGGAGGAACCGUGAGGAGGUGAGUUGCAUUGGUACCUCACUUCAUAACCCAUAAUAGGCUCAGAAAUGUUCAGACAGCAGGAUGUCACAAUUGUUUAACUGCUGCCUUCCCCUCCUCAGGGGAUGUCACCCCUUCCACUUUGAGAACCACGGUUAUGGUAUGUAGAAAUGAGAUCCUGUUGUUAUUUACAGUCACUUCAAAGCAAAGAGUAAACGGCCCGGUUAAAGAGAGCAUGAUGAGACAAGCAUCUCUGAUUAUUAUCCUGCCAUGAAAAUCCAUCAGAUAUGAUGACAAAAUUACCUACUGCUUAGGGUGCUCCAAGACACCUGUGGUUAAAUUACACACUGUUCAUUUUUAAUUAGAAGCAAAUAUUGCAAGAGUGGUGUUCUGCAGCACUCUCCAUAAUCCUAGGCCUGAUAGCAGCCACCUCGAUGACGUAAAAAGGCCCCUUCGCAUUUUAUCUGGGUGAAGGGAUUCAAUGCAUUUAAAGGGCCUCCGUGUGAUUAAAUGCCCUUGAUGUUGUGCCCAUCUUCCUGGCUCAGCUCCCAACCUCCAUGUGAUGGUGUGAAUGGAAAGCUGACAGUGCUUGUGGAGAGUCCUCCACACAACCAGUAGCCCUGUGUUACUGGGACUUCCAAUCACAUGGAGCACUGUUCAUAAGUACAUCUGGCUUAAGAGGAUUCCUCAAUGCCUAUAGGUGGAAGGCAGAGCUGCGAGGACAACACAAAGAUAACACAGAUAGCACAUCAAGGAAGCAAAUAACUGAGUCAUAUCAGUGGAGGAGUAAGAGUUGCAAGCCAUUUUAUGAUAAGCUGUAAAGUCCAUUCAAGAUAUUGUUUAUGAGGGCUAAAGGCCAGAUGGACAAGCAUGUGGUUGUAAUCAUGAAAAGGAGCACUAGGGUCUAUUCUCACACGUUUGGCUGAGAUGUGUCCUGGCAUUAUUGCCUCUGUAGUCUAUGCAC